AUUCGACCGGCUUGUUAUUCCUUUAAUAUGUCAGUACCUUACCUAAAACAGGUUAACGAACUAUUCCAUUUCAGGUAUUUACUCUGCAUCAUCCUGAAGACUCUGAAGGGAUCCUAGUUAGUUGACGUAUAUUUGAAUAUUAGCACCUACGUGGAUAUUGUGUCCCCUCGCUUGUCAUAUUUUCAUUAUUCUAAGCUAAAGUCAAACGGAAUAAGAACACAAUACCCCAGAAUUACAUGUUGCAGUUCCAGUUCCCCUUUGAAUUUACAUUUGUCAAACAAUAGCUGUCUCCCUUAAUAUUUGCCUCAAAGAAUUACUAUAUUCUUAUUGAUGAUUCAGAAUCUCCUCUGUGGAACGGAAGAACCAGAGUACGAUGUAUUUUGAACAUUUAGUGUCACCACGUAUUUUAUCCAUUUAUAUAAUCGUAAUUUUUACAGCUAUUUUGCCCUUUCUGCCAAACUAAAUCUGUUAAGCGGAAAUCUAAACUGGUUAUUCUCUUGCAUUUACGAUUAAUAUUUACGCUCAAAGCUAUGGCGUUCCUGAAUUCUACGUAUACUGGAUGCAAGACAUAGUAUCAACACUAUGCUAUCACAGUUUCCACAAAUGCUUGGUGUGUGUUCGUUGAUGUGAAUGUUUCACCACAAACAACAUUACAAAAAUCUUGUUAGUUUUGAUGAGAUGUGAAAGGCACAUAGUUUUUACUAACAUAUCAUACACAGGAUAUAUAAUUUGAGAACAUAAUUUCUUAAAAGGGGACAACUAUGUGUUACAUACAUGCUUAUGUUAUGGUCGGAAUCGCACAAACGACUUUUAUCAGCUAUGUUUUAUGAUUUUUUGUCGCCUUAUAAUGAUCACCAUUUCAGAUAUUUGGAGACUCCAAACUGCUGUCCUCUCCCUGAGUAACUCCAGCAGCUCCAUACCCGGCGUCACCUGCUACAUCUUCCCCUCUGACACAGCUGAAACAGACAACAGCGUGUACGACGUGACGUGUGACGGCACAGGGAGAUACUUCACCAUCACACUCAGCACAGAGACACUAAAUCUGUGUGAGGUGGAAAUAUUUGUCUGCAGUCACGGAACCUUUGGCCAACUUUGCAACCAUUUCUGCCAUUGUUCUGACGGGCCCUGUGGCAGAUUCAGUGGGAUCUGUGCUGGUGACUGUAGACCAGGGUGGCAAGGACAAAAUUGUUCUACUGCGUGUGAUAAGGACCAAUAUGGCGUCAACUGUAACGAGACAUGUGGAAAUAGGAAAUGUGCUGCUGCUCCGUCGUCAUGUGACCGGCAUAUAGGGUCAUGUGACACUGGGUGCCUUCCUGGGUGGAUAGAGGUGGACUGUAAACAAGAAUGUUACCCUGGGACCUAUGGACAUAAUUGCAGCUUGCUAUGUACUGAGAGAAACUGUGCAGGAAACUCGCCCUGUGAUCAUGUGACAGGAAAAUGUGUUACCAGAUGUAAACCAGGAUGGAUGGGCAUAGACUGUGUACAGGCCUGUGACAGCCAGCACUACGGGCCUAACUGUAUCAAGACCUGUGCCUCCAGACACUGUGUGGCGAGCUCUUCCUGUAAUUCAACAGGGGACUGUGACAGGGGAUGUGAGCCAGGGUGGACGCAGACGGACUGUACAGCAUCUUUACAUGUACCUCAGGAAAACAAUCCAGUCGGGGGUGAGGAAACACUUAUACCUGCAGUGACAGUGACAACAAUUGUUGUCGUUGUAGUUGCAGGAGUUGCCGUCGGUGUUGUUUGCUGGAGAAGGAGACGAAGACCAUCGCUGCAGGAAUCUGACUCCCAUGAUUACUACAACACAAGUCAUCUGUCAAAGGUUCAAACAAAACAAUCACGAGACAACGACGAAACUCAACUUGCAGACCGAACAUACGAUGGCCUCAAUGUCAUGUCACGUGAAAUCCAGGGACCAGGAGAGACAUAUUACACACUUAACACAGAGAAGCCAGAUCUGGAGGGUGGGGCAGCUGCUGAAGUGGCUGAAAUGACAGAUCGAGAUAUAUACGAGCCAACAGAACCACGAACGUAUGAAACACUUGCCAGCACAUCACGUGAUAUGAUUGGUGAAUAUAGUGAACUUGGCAAGAUUGCAUAGCUCUGCUGAUGCGACCUAAUCAGUUAACUGGCUCACUCAUUCACACUUCAUCUGUGACGUUUGUUAUUGCCGAUAAGGAGUUUAUCCAAGCUGAGAGAAACGAUUGAAACAGGUCCAGCAUUUCUUCCAAUUAUUUGACAUAAAGUGUGUGUACGAUAUAACCUCACAUACAGGAUUCAUUGACAUGUACACGAGACAUUCAUCUUUGUUCAUGUCGACAUGUUAUGUGUUUUUGUAAUAUUGGCAUAUGAUUCCAUGUAUUUCAGCUUGACAGAAUCUUUUUACAUUGGGAUUCGUCCGACCAAAACUACACCAUUUUU